AUGUCCCAGCCCCGCGUCGAGUCGCCUAGCUCAGGUCUCAGCCCAGUCGCGAGCCCGACUCAGUUCGCCGCUGAAACCCACAACCCGCGACCUUCCCAGACAGCACCACCGUACGCGCGCGACCAGCUCCCAUCCAAACCUCUCACGCGCGCGACCGAGCCAGGUCCGACCCACUUUGCACCAAGCUCGAAAGCUGGCCCGACAACAGCUCUCCAAGCCCAGAUCUACAACGAGAUGUGGCCCAUAGCCCGAGUUCGACCCGACAUCAACUUUCGUUCUCUCUUCGGCGGCGCCAUCGUCUCCACAUUCCCCAUUCGUUUUGAGGACGUCAGUAACGUUCGCCAAGUUCCUGAUCAUCAGGAGGCGUUUGUAGAUCCAACACGCGAUGAAAGCUUGAUGUUUGAGUUGCUCGACUUGAAGACUGACGUGGCGGAUCAUGGUAGUGCUACCUGGUUUCUUCAGGACCUCGCUAAUGAGCAAGAUGCUGAGGGAGCUGUGGUGCUUGAGCAGUCUGAAGUUUUUCAGGCUGAUGGACUACGGUUUAGGAACAAUCCUGGUAUCAUAACAACUGCAGUUGGACAAAUGGCGAUAUCUAAGGGAAGACAAGGAAGGGACGCACAGAACAUAGUAAAGGUCUAUUUAGCUAAUUUGAGGCUGAAGGAUGUUACCACAGAUGUCCUCAUCAUUGGUUAUGAGACUUUGCUGAUAAACCCUUUGAGUGAAUCUGCUGCUACGGUUGGGGCCGGUUUAGCGGUACCUGCAGCACAGACUGGACGUAUGCCUAUGAGUGAGGUCUUUAAAAAUGCAGUCCAAAGUUUCAAGGUGAAUGAUUGGAGCCUCUUUGGUGCUGGGGUUUGA